CAUUGCUUGCCAGGAGCCAAGAGCUCCUCUGACCACUCUGAUUCUCCCUUCCAACCCAAUCACCUUGAGCUAACCUAGGAUUCCUGACCUCUGACCCCACCUUCCCUGCCCCAAGGGGCUGGGGAGAAGCUCUGCUGCUGCACGUGUGGGGGCCCGCUGACGCAGAGACUGUGUGGGGCUCAGUCCCAGCUCGCCAUGCCUCAGAGGCGGCGGCUGCAGGAUGAACUGGCAGCCUUCUUCUUCGAGUACGACACCCCCCGAAUGGUGCUGGUGCGCAACAAGAAGGUUGGCGUCAUCUUCCGGUUGAUCCAGCUGGUGGUUCUGGCCUAUGUGGUUGGGUGGGUGUUUGUCUUCGAGAAGGGCUACCAGACCUCAAGUGGCCUCAUUAGCAGUGUGUCCGUGAAGCUUAAGGGCCUGGCAGUGACCCAGCUCCAGGGCCUGGGUCCCCAGGUCUGGGAUGUGGCUGACUACGUCUUCCCAGCACAGGGGGACAACUCCUUUGUGGUCAUGACCAACUUCAUUGUGACUCCCCAGCAGGCUCAAGGCUACUGCGCAGAGAAUCCAGAAGGAGGCGUGUGCAAGGAUGACAGCAACUGCACCCCUGGGAAGGCAGAAAGGAAGGCCCAAGGCAUCCGCACAGGCAAGUGUGUGGCCUUCAACGACACUGUGAGGACUUGUGAGAUCUUUGGCUGGUGCCCUGUAGAGGUGGACGACAAGGUCCCACGCCCUGCCCUUCUCCGAGAGGCCGAGAACUUCACCCUCUUCAUCAAGAACAGCAUCAGCUUUCCACGCUUCAAGGUCAACAGGCGCAACCUGGUGGAAGAGGUCAAUGUCACCUACAUGAAGCGCUGCCUGCACCACAAGACCCUGCACCCUCUGUGCCCUGUCUUCAGCCUCGGCUACCUGGUUCAGGAAUCUGGCCAGAACUUCAGCAUCCUGGCUGUGAAGGGCGGGGUGGUUGGCAUCACCAUCGACUGGAACUGUGACCUGGACUGGCAUGUGCGACACUGCAAACCUGUCUAUGAGUUCCACGGGCUAUACGGGGACAAAGACUUGUCUCCAGGCUUCAAUUUCAGGUUUGCUAGGUACUUCAUGCAGAACGGGACCACCCGCCGUCACCUCUUCAAGGUGUUUGGGAUUCGCUUUGACAUCUUGGUGGAUGGCAAGGCUGGCAAAUUUAACAUCAUCCCCACCAUGACCACCAUUGGCUCCGGGAUAGGCAUCUUUGGGGUGGCCACGGUCCUCUGUGACCUGCUGCUGCUCCACAUCCUGCCCAAGAGGCACUACUACAAGCAGAAGAAGUUCAAGUAUGCGGAAGACAUGGUGGCGGGAGAGGGUGAGCAGGACCCUGCAGCCACCAGCUCCACCCUGGGCCUGCAGGAGAACAUGAGGACAUCCUGACCUGCAACCCCUCAUCCCAACUGCAUGCAGCUCAAGGCUUCAGGCUGGGGCUGGUGUGUCCUGGCCAGGGUGCAGGGGUCUUCCCAGGGAGUCACCUGCCCCUCAGCAAAGAAGACACAAGUGUGCCCACAGCUCAGGGUAGACACCAGUUGAGACUGUGUAAUUCAGGGCUCUGUCUCCAACUCCACUCCCCAAGGGAGCCCCAUCCCAGUUUUGGCCACUGUGGGUACAGAUCCAGCCGGGCAGGGUUACUCUCACACCUGCCCACCACCUUUGUGUAUGUUUCCAGGGCUUUCAUUAUCAUUAUCUAUCCCCUGCCUCAAUUUCCUUCCAUCUGGGCUCUCCAACACAGCAGCUACUAGCCACAGGUGGUGAUUUAAAAUCAGAUUAAACUUCAGCUCAGUGACCUGCUAUGGCUGGUGGCUGCCAUAUUGGGCAGCACAGGACAUUUUUACCAUUGCAGAAAUCUCAGAGGGUCAGGUCUGCUUGAGCCCUGUUUCUGAGUGACUUCCUGGGGAGCAUAUCAGCAAUGCCAGAGCCUGGGCCACCCCAUACCUUCUCUACCAGAAGCUGAAGGAACAGCCAUAGAUAGACCUAGGUUUAAAAAUGGCUGUCUUGAGCCAGGCUCUGGUGGUUCACAGCUGGCUAAUCAGGAGGCUG